AUGACGGAACGUGAAAAUUCCGUUGAUAAAGAUAAGUUGAAUAAAAAAAAUUUCAUGUCAUCAUCACCGAAAACAUCGGGGAAUUAUCAAACAAAUUGUUGCUAUCAACCAUCGCCCUAUGGAAACAACCCAGCCGGGCAAUAUUCUCUUGCUCCACCGCCGCCGCAUCAUCAUCAACAACUAGUCAAUACGAAUGGUCAAACACUAUCACCAACAUCUUUAUCUAUGGUUUAUAACAAUGGCCAGCAACCGCCCACAUCGUCGUCAUCACCUUCUUCUUACGGAACGCCGUCAUCGUUGAAUGUACUUCAUACACUUUCACCAACACGUUAUCAAAAUCAACAAAUCAAUGAAAAAGUCAAUAACAGUUCGACAACAGUUAUAACCAAUGGACAAGUACAAUCGAUGCCAGUUAAUAAUGUAACAAAUAGCGCUGCAGCCUUAGCUGCUGCAACAGCCUAUCGAAGAAACUUUAACGCAUGUGCAAAACCACCAUAUAGGUAUGAGUUCUUUCGUCCAACAUUCAUCGAGCCUAAAUCAUGUCUUUCUUUUUUUCCAAAAAAAAUCAGUUAUAUAUCAUUGAUUACAAUGGCAAUACAAUUAUCGGCAAAUCGUAUGUGUACAUUGUCUGAAAUCUAUCAAUUUAUAAUGGAUUCAUUUCCAUAUUACCGUCAAAAUCAACAACGAUGGCAAAAUUCGAUUCGUCAUUCAUUAAGUUUUAAUGAUUGUUUUGUUAAAGUACCGCGAAGUCCUGAUCGGCCAGGGAAAGGUUCGUACUGGACAUUACAUCAAGAUGCAACAAAUAUGUUCGAAAAUGGUUGUUACCUUCGGCGACAGAAGCGUUUUAAAUCAUUUGUAGGUGUAGGUAGCAAACGUGAUAUGAACUGUCGUAUACCGCACGAACGAGAUUCGAAUAAUAAUAAUCGACGUAAUGGAAUGAAUAAUAGUCUGGAUAAGUCAACAGCAUCAACAGGUAGUGGACAACGAAGUCCACUUUCAUCGCCAUCGGAUAAAUCAUGUGAUGAGCAACUAAUGUUGAUGCAACAGCAACAGCAGCAACAACAACAACAACAACAACAGCAGCACCAAAGAUCCAUGUAUAUGCAACAUCAUCAACAACAAACCUUAUCAGCAUCAGAAUCUCCGGACUCACGUAAUUUACAACAUUCAUCAUCAACAUCCAAUGCAGCUGUCGGUGUUAAACAACUCAAACAGGAACAGUGCGAAUUUAAUCAAAUGCCAUUCGAUCCUCAUACAUUCACCAGCUAUUCACCAUUUGCUAUCAACACACUCAUCAUGCAUCAAGGUUUUGGUGAUAAUCCAGCAGCAUUAAAUGCCUACUAUGCAUCGCAAUUACCACAAACUGCCUUUGUACCAUCGUCAUCAACUGACUACUACCAUCAUUCGGCAAUGUAUGCACCACAACAGACUGCAUUGUAG